AUGCUUCGGAGAAUCGUUGAAAAUCACGCCGCUAUGCGCCUAGCCAAUCGUGCAGCGCAGCUCAAAAAAAACAGGACCAUGAAAAAAGUGGCGUUUAAGCGUGCCGAGGAUUAUGCUAAGGAAUAUAUUGCCAAAGAACGUGAGGCUAUUACCAUGAAGCGCGAAAGCAAAGCUUCUGGUAAGAUAUAUGUUCCCGCAGAGUCUCAGCUCGCCUUUGUUGUCCGCAUCAAAGGUAUUAACAAGCUUUCGCCAAAGCCUCGCAAGAUCCUGCAGCUCCUCCGCCUCAUCCAAAUCAACAAUGGGGUUUUCGUACGCCUUACGGCAGCGACCAAGAAAAUGCUCCACUUGGUUGAGCCAUAUAUUGCCUAUGGCAAUCCCAACCUGAAGUCUGUCAAGGAACUGAUUUAUAAGCGCGGUCAUGGCCGCAUUGAUAAGCAACGUGUUGCUCUCACAGAUAACAAGCUGAUUGAAGCAGCUCUCGGCCAUCUUGGGAUUGUUUGCAUUGAAGAUCUUAUCCACGAAAUCUUCACCGUCGGCCCUGCUUUCAAGGCUGCCAACCAAUUCAUUUGCCCAUUCAAGCUUUCCUCCCCAAAUGGCGGCUUCCGUGCUCGCAAAUUCAAGCAUUUCAUCAUUGGAGGAGACACCGGUAACCGCGAGGAGUUUAUCAAUGACUUGAUUCGCAAGAUGAAUUAG